GACGUGCAGGGCAACAAAAACAACCGAACAGUAAAUUUCAGUCAGACAGAGAUUGGCGACUACAUGGUUUGCUGCAAAAUCAGAAACUACAGGAGGAGGCCCAAAGGAAAGGCCCAUGACACGCUGGAGGGACUAUGUUUCUCAGCUGGCCUGGGAACGCCUUGGGGAGCGGGCCAAGAGGUUGGGGGGAAAGGCAAGUCUGGCCCUCGCUACCCCCGCCACCCGAUACCAAGAUCACAGAAAAACUGCAAACAGGACUUACAAUCCCAUCCCACCUUUAUUUAAAAAGCACUUUAAAAUACAGCCAAGGUCCACAAAGAUCUGUAGAUGACACAAAUAAUAACAGAAAAACAGAUAAGUUAAUUUAGUAAGAAAAAAACAGAGUUAACCUCCCAGCAAGUGCAAAAGGCUUUAGCUAAGAAUUAUAUUUUAAGAUGAUCCUUAAAUUCAGAAAGAGUCGAGGCCUUGUCUGACAUGUAAGGACAGGUCAUCCAAAAACUUGCAGGCAGCUUUUGAGAAAGCACGGUCGCAUUUAAGUUUAAGCCUGGUUUAAACCUGGUUUUAGGCACAUUGAAGAGCUCCUAAGGGAGCGUUCAGUUAGGGGAUUUAUAAGCAAAUAAAAUAACUUUAAAAGGGAUCCUGAAAUGUACCUGUAGCCAAAGAAGUGACGUCAAAAUGGGGAUAAUGUGCUCAGAGUUUCUUGUUCCAAAUAAAGGGGACAUAUCAUGCAAAAUCCACUUUUUUUAGCCUAUAAAUACAAUGUGUUGUGUACCUGGAGUUUCUAUAAGUGCAGAAAAUCUGAACGUAGUCACUCCAGGUGCUACAUAGAUAUCGUUAUAUUUUGUUUGGGUCAUACAUUUCAAGCCGUUCAGUUUUGAACUAUUAUAUCACAGUAUUUGCUGCGGAGCUGCUAGACAAGGUCAUGGACCACUGGCUUACCAAUUUCGUGAGUCCACCGUUUUGAUUUUUCACUGUGAUUUUUGGAGUCCAAGCUGAAGAAUGCCGGAGCUACAAGCGGAUUUGUCAAAAUGUUCGGUUGUUCAUUACACCGUCCACCGGGAUACUAGAAAAAUGGCCGAACAGGGCAGAGGGGAACGCCUAUUAGACCGGCUUGCUCUCAGACGAACCUCAGAACGGGGGUAAAAGAGGAGCUGUGGGGCAACAAUAACGAGGAAUUCAGACCAAAGCAUUGCAGUUCUACUUUAACUGAAUGAUUUGAAAUGUAAAAAGGAAGUAAAAAGCAUGAAACGUCCCAUUUAAAAGUAUGUGCAAAACAUCAUGCUGCGUGUUUUGCACAACCUGCAUGCGCCUAAUGAUAGCCCCAAAAUAGAGCAUGUUGCAGUAAUCCAACCUAGAAACAACAAAUUCAUGGAUUAGGGUUUCAAAAAGCUGCUUGGAUAAAAAAAAGGGCUUUAUUUUGUCUAACUGCCUCAAAUGAAACAAAAAAACUAGAUCGUACAUCGGGCCUACUCUGACUUUAAAGUUAAAGAUCUGCAUCCAUCUUAUCUCCCAGACUUCUUCGUUCAACAAUGGCUUCCUUCUCACCACUCCGUGUUAAAGACCAGAUUUAUGGUGCGUUGAACGGUGAUCUGUGAGGUUAAAUUACACAUAAGUGGACUCUGUUCACUAAUUUGGAAAUUAGCAUUUUAUUUAGGCGCAUUAGAGUAAAAGCCACUGAACACAAACCUUUAAGAUUUUUUUUAUCUGCCAAACAUUUUGAGAAUGAUUUAUAAUUUCCUUCCACUUCACAGUGAUACUUUUUUGUGUGUUGGCCCUUCUCAUAAAAUCCAAUUCAAAAUACCUUGAAAGUUGUGGUUGAUAAACGUCAGGAUGGGGUGAAACAUCAAAGGGACGUGAAUGCCUUUGCAAGGCGGCGUACGUACAGUGAAUGUUACAGGCUAUUGAACUAAUUACGAGGAGCAAAGUGUUACAGGCGGCCUGUGUAGCAGAGAAAAACUGUCCAGCUGUUUCAUCCGUCCGUUGCGUUUCAGAGCCCUGCCGGCCGGUAUGAAUGUGUUGGCCCCUUUCUUUCUUUUCUUUUUUUGUUUUUCUCAAAGUAUUGUGAAUGUACAUUUUCGUGCGCAUGAAUGUGUGAACUUUUUACCUCCUCCGCGUCGUGUGCAACCUUUUGUUUUCUGCAUUUCUGUAUCUACGGCAACCACAGAUGUUUUCGCCCCUCUUCCCUUUCAGCAAUUCCUCUUUUCCUUGCUUCUCUGUCCCUCUCAGCCAAAAACUGCUGCUUUGUAUUUUUUUUUUUCAAAAUGGCUUUUCUUUCUUAUUUCUCUUUCUUUUUUUUAUUAUUAUAUUAAUUAUUAUUAUUAUUAUUAUUAUUAUUGUAAAGUGUAUCUGGAGGAUAAAAACCUGUAUGUGUAAAACUAUAACUAUACCAUUAUAGGUCUGUUACAGCCGGUUGUUAGGAAACUUGGUGAACCAGCAGCUGAAUUACCUCUCACUUCAAACACACAGCACUCACCGACUCUCUCCCCCUUUGCUCCCUCCUCCUCUCUGCCCCCCCCACACCCCCACGCCCCCCUUCGCUGUCUCUCUCUUUCUCUGAACCACACAUGCACACACCAAGAGGGACGGUUCGUCGCGUUUCUUGUACAGUGAGCUGAAGACGGGCCGGUUUGCUUGUCUGUGCAGUAGAGUCAGUGUGUAGUGACGCUUCGUGCACCCAGGGGUACGGCUGUUCCUGGUCACUCUUUAUCUUUUACUCUGUGCCAAAAAUGUAGUGCAACAGCCGGGCUAGUCCCCCGUCUGGUCUGAUUCCAAUAAAACACUGAGCUGUCUACAUCCAUCCCAGACGACUCUGUCUUCUUUUUCUCUCUUUUUGAAAUGAUUUGGUGUUAUUGGACUUUGGAGACAAACCUGUGGGAUGCUGAAGAAGUUUUCUUUUUUGGUGACCGAAAAGGGAGGAGCGGAAGGAGGGAAUAACGUUGUGCUUUUCCUGACGAGCUGGCCUAUCACGUCUCAGACUUUGGAGACCUGCAUGGUUAUUUGCUUGCAGGAGGGGAGAGGUUACACUUAAUUUAUCUGAGCUGCGGGAACCUCUGUCAGCAUCAUUAUCGACGACCUCCAACCAUGUCGCCAGUAGGAGAGCUCCGCGGGGCGCCAUGACGGCCGACAAGGAGAAGAGAAGAGCGAUCAGCCGUGAGGCGGCUCGGCGGAGGCGUCGAGUGGAGUCCGACGUAUUUGGGGAUCUGUCGCGCCUCCUGCCGCUUCAGGCCUCCGUCAGGGCCCACCUGGAUAAACCCUCCAUCAUCCGUCUCACCCUGAGCUUCAUACGCAUGCAGGCGCUCCUCAGAGAAACAGAAAGUGCCGGCUGCAACGCGGAGGCCGGACACGCCGUGAGAUUCCCCCGCGGGGUUGAAGCGGGCGAGGGACGUCUGUUUGAGUCGGAGACGGAGGAAAUCGCUCCCCUGGAUGAAACCAAGAUGUACCUGAAGAUCCUGGAGGGAUUUCUCAUGGUGCUGUCCACCACAGGAGACAUGAUCUUCUUGUCGGACAACGUCAGCAAGUACAUGGGCCUGAGCCAGCAGACUGAGCUGAUGGGGCACAACAUCUUUGAGUAUACUCACCCAUGUGAUCAUGAGGAAAUCAGACAUAAUCUACGUCUGACAGCAGAACUUGGGUGCAGUCAGAAGAGGGACUUCGUCAUGAGGAUAAAAAGUGCUCUGACUCACAGAGGAAGAGUCGGCAACCUCAAGUCGACCACCUGGAAGGUGCUCCACUGUCAGGGCAGAGUGAAGCUGUGCGUCGCCUCCUCUUCGGUUUCCUGCCUGCUGCUGACCUGCAGACCUCUGCCGCUCUCGCACACCCUCCUCAGCACGCACACCUUCACCAGCCAGCACGGCAUGGACAUGAGGUUCACAUACUGCGACCAGAGAGUGACUUCUCUUCUGGGUUACAGGCCGGAGGAGCUGCUGGGCCGAUCCAUCUACGAUCUCUGUCACACGCUGGACACAAGCUGCCUGAACAAAAACCACCUAAACCUGUGCCUGAAGAGUCAGUCCGUCAGCGGUCAGUACAGGAUGCUGGUGAGGAGCGGGGGUUACGUCUGGGUGGAGAGCCACAGCGCCGUCAUCCCCGGCGUCCAGCCGUCCAGGUCCAGACCCAACCCCAGUCAGCCGCUCUGCAUCCUUAGUGUCACCUACGUCCUCAGUGGAGUGGAGGAGCCGUCUCUGCAGCUCUCUUUGGACCAGACAUUCCCGAGAUACCCGAGAUGAAAUCAGAGCUUGAAGAAAAAUCUGCGGGGACCAAAACUCUACACGCCUUUUCUGAAUUUCCAUGUCUUGCUUUCCCUGACCUUAUGUUUUAACAGAUUUUAAAGUUUUAUCUCGCUAAAAGAUUCGCGCUUUGUUCUUCUGCCCCUCCUAACGAUAUUUUUUGAGGAAGACGCGAAGCCAUGACGCGCGGCAACGGGGCAGGUUGCCUCCAGAAGUUUGUCGUAACAGAGAGUUCAGUGACAGGUCAGGCUGAUAACGCGUCAACUUCUCAGUUUUUGUCUCGUAGUUUCAUAAUCGUUGCUGCAGCGCGACUUCUGUCUUCCUCAGAGAAAACUGGAAGCUUUCUCGGGGCAGACUGCGGUUGUCAGGCAGUUGACGGGGCGGAGUCAGCGCAUGAAACGUGUUGACAAAAACGGGCCGUUUGACUUCUCCUUGACCUCCCUGGGUUUGACCGUGCUUCCUAUGGGGUUGGCUUCUGGGCCACCUGACACGUGGUGGGGGGGGGGGUGUUGCGUGCGGGGCGAGCGUACAGACAUACGCACUCUGCUGAUGAGGAGAUGUGAGUAGAUGCAAGUCAAAGCCACAGCUUCCUGAAUAGAGACAGUCGACAGGAAAGUUCUCGUGGGAACGUUGUAAACUUUUUACCUCUCGACCUCUGAAUGCACGCGUGUGCACUCGCCCAGUUUCAGUGUAACCGGCUGCAGCGGUGGAAACCAAACAUAAUGCAAAAAAAAAAAAAAAAGAAAGAAAUGGAGGAAGCUAGCAUCUGAAUGAAAUGCAUAAAAUAGUCAUCUGGACUGAUUUAGAUUGGUGUAAAUGUUGCUGUCGAGCUCCUCGGCGGCUCCAGUAGACGUGCUGAUCAGCACCUGGGCAGGUAUUUUUAGAUCAAGGUGAAAUGUAUCAGAGCUAAAAAGGGGUUGAGAAGUUUAAAGUCUCUCUCAUUCAGGUUAAAAAGUGGGUUAAAUGUUUAUGCAAAGCAGGAAAAACUAAAAAAAAAAAACAGUUAAGGUUCCUAAUUUAUUCAAAUGGAUUUUCUUUUAGCUGGUUUUAUGGAUAUAAUUUAUAAAAUGUAAAAUGUGUUUAUAAUCUUACAUCUGAGGCUUAGCUUCUGAAUCUCAAAAUAUGUAUAAGAAUGAAAAAAAUGAUUCGUUUUGGUCUUUUUUUCCUUUUUGUCAAGUUUCUACCUGCUUCCAUGAAUUUUAUUGUGAUUCUGUUUUACGUGAUUACCACAGAAUAGUUAAUUUUCCUUCGUCAUUGUUACGAGGAAGGGAAAUGUGUUUCAAAAUUUUACUCUGUUACCCUUAAAUAAACUCUUGUUCAGUCGCCUAAUUACCUAAA